UGUUCCUAUGGCAGAACCCCCAAAAGUGUGGUUAUUUACAACUAGAAUUCAAACUUUUUAACCAUUGAAACUCCAUUGUUUUUGUAGAUUCUGAAGUUAACAAAUUCACCAUAUUGAUCUGCAAAGCUUAGUGAUGGCGGGAACCGAGAAAGAGAAACUGGAGCUGCACGAAUCCGAUAAUCAGUUCGUUUGGGAUGAAACUUCUCAGCUUUACUACCAUGCUCGCACUGGAUUUUAUCAUGAUCCUAAAGCAGGCUGGUACUACAGCUGUAAUGAUGGCCUUUACUACAAAUUUGAUAAUGGUACUUAUGUACCCAUGGAUUCUUCUCAGGAUGGUGGUUGUCGUGAAAUGAAUAGUUGUGAGAGCGUUGCGCCUGUGGAGUCUAACAAAGAUGAGGUAGAUGCAGACAUAAGUAUGUCAGGUGAAAAUGUGGCUCAAGCAGUGGAACCACUUUGUACUGAGUUCUCUGAAGAGCACUUGGAGGAUACCAGUUGCAAGCUUCCAGAAAACCCACCACCACCUUCAGAGUGGCUCGAAGAUACUCUCAUUGAACUUUAUCUGGCAAAUUAUACCACUCAAGCUGCCAAUACUACUUCAGAUAUAACAGUGGCUCCGGAAAUAAAUGACACAGAUCACACACAUUUGUCAGCAGUUGGGAAUGACAACACAUAUGAACUCGAGGAAGGUGAAUGGAUACCAGACGAUUGGACGGAUUCUGCUGAUCCAAUUGUAGAUGUCAUGGAUGAUGGCAUUUGUUUGGAGGAAGAGAACUGGCGAGCCCAGUAUGGUCAAGUUGAACGACCAGUUGAGGAUUCUCUGUCACAUAUUCAGGCUGUUGAUUUGUGGGACUGGUCAAUGGUUAAAAAGAUCAGAAAAGGUCGAAAAAGAAGGGUGGCCAGGCUGGUAGGACGACUGGUGAAGCCCACUGCUAAGCUGCACCCAUCAAUGCCCUCGAGUGGCCAUCUUCUUAAAACUGCCCCAGUAUGUGAAGUCCAUCUUGAUCUGGUACGAGUUACAUCAGGUCAGGUGUACAGGUUGAAAAAUCCUAGCACACAAUAUUUGGCUUCUUUGUCAAAUUAUGAUUCUUCCAAUCCAACGAAAAAUUGGCGCUUUCCUCAAAUGUCAAUCAACAGAGAAAUCCAGACAUGCUCACCGGUCACUGAAAGAUAUAAACCCAUAAGCACAACACUUCCUGGUGAGGAGGAUGUAUCUCUGCAAUCGGAGAUCAGUGCACCUGAAAAGGACAGAGACCAUCUGUACAGGGACAGAGCUGCAGAAAGAAGAGCAUUGCAUGGUGGGUUUGGCGUUGGUCCAGGUCAAAAAAUUUCAUCCAACUCUGAUGAUUCUGUUUCUUUGGAGGCAUCUGCUGGUCCAGAGGAAGCUCUUUCCGAAUCCUUGAGCAAUUCAUUUGGAGCUGGUAGCUAUGCCAGAAGAAUGUUGGAAAACAUGGGCUGGAAGGAGGGAGAGGCACUUGGCUGCAGCAACAAAGGGUUGAUUGAACCUUUACAGGCUACGGGAAACAAAGGUUCUGCUGGGCUGGGUUGGAACGAUGAGCGAAGAAAGCAGUCCAUGUACAGUUAUAAAAAACGAGAGAUGUAGCUACUUUUUUUUGGCAAUUUGAUAGAAUGUGAUAAAUCUAAUUUCACUUGUUUACUAUUUGUUGCCUCUUUUACUAGUCAUAUAUUUGCUUCUGACCUACUUUAUACA